AUGCAAAGUGAUACUGAAUCUGACACGUCUCGAUUUCAAGAACCGAAUGAAUUUAUUGAAAAUCUCCAAAAAGAACUUACUAGAUUAAUUGAAGGAUUUCAAUAUGUUAAAAGUUAUUCUGAUCGUGUUUAUUCCAAAUUAGCUCCAAUAGAAAAGUCUUUAAAAGAAGCACUAGUUUUGGUUGGGCUAACAAAACAAAAUAUGGAGAUACCAGAAUUGUGCCUUCAGAUCAACCCUUAUAUUCAACAAAUUGUGGAUGCAGCCAAAGCUCAAAAUCGAAAACCCAAACCAGAAGAUCUUGGAGAACUUGGACAAGACCCCGAAUUUUUGGGCUCUCUUUCAAAAGGUGUUUUAGAAUGGGUAAAAGCGAUUCAAAAAGUCAAAAAUAUGGAUCGAGAUCCAUCAACUGGUACUGCACUACAAGAAGCAACUUUUUGGAUUAAUUUGGAGAAGGCUCUAGUUAAAAUUACUGCAUUACGCGAUUCUGUUGAAGUUAUUACUACUUUAGAUGUGUUAAAGGCAGGAAAACGUUUUCAUGUUACGACUUCUUUUCAAUCUGAUACUGGUUUAAAAGACAAAUUGACAACUGUCUCAGACUAUAAUGUUUUAAUGAAGGAUUUGCCGUUAAGUGAACUUUUGGGUGCUUCUGAUUUGGAUUCUUUGCGUCAAGCAAUUCUAAACAUUUUCAACGUUUUAAAGAAAUUACGCAUUACAAAAUAUCCUGUUAAACGAGCUAUACAAUUUUUCAAUACAAUUUCGGCAGAUCUUUGUGAACAGAUGAUUCAGAUUCUCAAACCUCGUUUACUUAUGCAUGCUCCUAUUUCUGAACUUGACGAAGUUAUGGCAAUUUGCACAAAGAUUUGGUUUCAAUGGGAUGAGGAAUCUGACAAAAUUCAGGCAAUGUUUCGUGAGAUUGCAAAGCGGCAGCGUUCUGAUGUUAAAUUUCAACAUAAAAAUCAAUAUCGUCACAAAGAAUUAGAAAACAGAUUGAAUGAGCUUACCACCUUUCGCAAUGUUAUCUCUCGUGUUUUACGUUUUAAAGGAGCAAAUUCUCUUGGAAAUGUCUCUGGAAAACAAACUAAUCCAGAGAAAGAGGUUAUCAAGGCAUAUGAGACUAUUAAGGAAGUUAAUUAUCUUGAUUUGAGUCAUUCUGGUCAGCAAGCUUGGCAGAGUUCUAUGCAAUAUUACAAAAAUCAUAUCGUUGGAAUUGAAACUCAGUUAGCCUCACAUCUUCGUGAUCAACUUGGAAGCUGUAAAAGCGCAGAUGAUAUGUUUUCAAUCUUUUCUCGUUACAAUGCUCUUUUUGUUCGUCCUCAUAUUCAAACUGCUAUUAGGGAGUAUCAAGCUGUUCUAAUUGAUCGUGUUCGUGAAGAUAUUCGUAUUCUCCAAGAAACUAUUAUUGACCCAAAAAAGAUGGAAUUGGCAAUUUUUGUUGUAGAAGGAUAUGAUAUACCUGAAUUUUCUGCAAAAGUUAUGUGGCUUCGUCAAAAUGAGUUGCAGCUUAAUAUGAAUAUACAAAGAAUUGCUGAUAUUUUGGGAACACAAUGGGUUAAUCAUUCUGAAGGAAGAGAAUUGAAGAGGGAAUGUGAUUUACUAAAGAGACAACUCGAUACUACAGCAAUUUUCAAAGAAUGGUCUGAUAAAGUUUUGGAAAAAUGCAAAACAACCACAGACAGACUUUUUUAUGUUGAAAAACAACAACGUGAUGGGAAAGUUAUUUGUCGUCUUCGUGUUAAUUAUUCUGCUGAUUCUAUUCAAAUUGCUAAAGAUGUAAGAAACUUAAAGAAUAUGGGCAUUCACGUUCCAUUCAGAAUUCUGAGUUAUUCACAUGGAAUUAGUCAAUAUAAUCCUUAUGCAAUUUCAUUAAUGGAAUCUCUUCGAAUUUAUGAAUCAACAAAUGAAAUUAUUUUAACUCGUCCAUCAGUUGAAAAUUUGGUUGCAGGCCAUAGACUUGAAAUAAAUGACUUGUUUCUUGAGGGUUACAAAACUGAUUGGACCAAUUUUAAACUUGAGUCAUAUGUUUGUAAAUUUGGGGAGGCUGUGAACAAUUUUCUUGAGAAAGUAACGGAUCUGAUCGAAUAUCUUGAUAAGAUCGAUGUUGAGCUUGCUGCACUUGAUAAAUGUCGAUAUAAUAAAGAAACAAUUUCACAAAUCAUCGGGUCUAUUCAAAAAUCAAUUGAUCAAAUGACUUUUAAUGAUUAUUCUAAUUUGCACAAAUGGAUUGAAGAACUUGAUAAAACUUUGGAAGCUAAGCUUGCUCGUCGAUUAGAAGAAGCAAUUCAUGUUUGGACAUUAGUUUUACAACAAAAUCGUGAUGAAUUGGAGGAUGAGAGGGAAGCUAACAUUUCACCUAAAAUAAAUACAAUAUCUUUGGAGAUCCGUAUUGUUUCGCAGUUCAUUACUCUUGUUCCGUCUCUUGAGAAGGCUAAAUCUGAUCUUUUUGACCAAUUUUAUCAAUGGCAUUCAAUAAUAACUGCACAACCAAGAAUUUCUUCUCGUUUUCUGACACUUCAACAAAAUCAGGAUCUUCGUACUUACAGAUGUGUUCUUUUAAAACUUCCAAAAAAACAGCAACGACUUUUUGAGGCGUACAAAGCAAUUGAUGAUGUUCUUCUUAAAACAAAUGACUAUGUUAAACAUUGGACUCGUUAUCAAGCUCUUUGGGACCUGCAACAAGAUAUUCUUUUUGAAAGACUUGGAUCUGAGUUAACUAAUUGGAUGAAAGUGAUCUUGGAAAUAAAAAAAUCUCGUUCGAUGGUCGAUUCGCCAGAAUCUCAACAUAAAAUAUUCCCUUUCUCUGUUGAUUACUCACGUGUUCAGUCGAAAAUUUCCUCGAGACAUUAUUAUUGGCAAAAAGAAAUUUUGUCUGAAUUUGGAAAUUUUUUGGGUUCGUUUUUUAAUGUGGCACGCUCCAAAACUGCGCAAAACUAA